UCUCCGCGGCUUCUUGGAGCUUUCGCAGCGUGUUGGAGAUGUUUCUGCGCGGAGUUGUCUUCCUCAUCUGCUUUCUGACCAGUCGGCAGCUGCGGCUUUGUGCGGCGGAUCUUUGCAACUGGAGUGGAAGUGGUUUCCCCGCUGGAGUGGACACCAGGAUGGUCCUGCAGGUGCGACUCCGCUGCACAGAGGGUUCUGUGAGGUGGGUCCACCCGGGCCAAGCUCUGAGGGUGGUCCUCGAGCCCAAUCUCUCCUCCGUUAAGCGCACCUCCAUCUGCAUCAAACCGUUCCGGACCUUCGGCGGCGCCAACCUGUUCGUAGAAAGGGACGGGACACUGGAGCUGCUGGUCACGGACGACCAGAAGACAGAACAUGUCAGAUGUUUUCCAGCAGACGGACCACAGAUGCCCGCCAUCUACAUCCAGAUGAGCCCUCUGGGAGACGGACCAUGGAGUCGACGUCGGAUGGGUUUUAGAUAUGAGCUGACGGCCAAUAGGAGAGCAGCAACCAGCCUGGACCACACUACUUCAUGUCGGCCAUGCAACGACACAGAGCUGCUGAUGGCCGUCUGCAACAGUGACUUUGUGGUCCGAGGCUACAUAGAGAACGUGCUGCACGACCUCGGUGGUCACACAUCAUUGGUGGAAGUGUUGGCGGCGAAGGUUCACUGGCAGCGUAGCGCCGUGUUCCGGCGUCAUUCCGGGUCGCUGCAUCCGUGGCGCGGUGUCAUCCGGGCACACCUGCAGUGUGGCGUGAGGCCCGGAGACGGAGAGUUUCUUUUCACGGGGUCAGAACACUUUGGGGAAGCUUGGCUGGGGUGUGCCCCACGUUAUAAAGACUUCCUGGCGGUUUACCAGACCGCUAAGGCGUCGCGGCAGAUCCUCUGUGACUUUCCUGUGGACCGAGGUUCUGUUCGGAUGCCGGUUCUGCGGGACGUCAAGCAACAUGGCUGAUUGCUUUGCUGCCUAUCCAGGCUGAGAGUCGGUCUUUGUCUCUCCCAUCACUGGCCUCUUCCAUGGGAGAGGAGCAGGCUCUUUGUGCCUCCACUCUUGUUCACUUGGCUGGCUCCUAGGGGACAAUUGACCUCUGAACUGAAAGGGGGGGGGGUGGGAGUUUUGCCAGUCCGUCCCAGUGAACACAUACCUCUGCCAAGUUUGUUACUGAGCAGAAAAAAACCUUUUCCAGAGAGUGUCUAGAAACGCAUGGUGCAGUUAGUUAUUAGUGAAUAAAACAUGAAUUUUAUAAAUAUGACCUAUAAGUAGGGGUGUAACGGUACGUGUAUUUCAGGGGUGUCCAAACUUUUUCCACUGAGGGCCGCACACGGAAAAAUUAAAGCAUGCGGGGGCCAUUUUUAAUAUUUUUCAUUUUCAAACCAUAACAAAAUAUAUGCUUUUUUUUUUUUAACCUUUAGGGCUCCCGAGGACCAUUAAAGGCCUACUGAAAUGAUUUUUUUAAAUUUAAACGGGAAUAGC